UUUUUUCUAAGUUAUUAGAUAAAAAUGAACUUUAAAUUUUAUUAUAGUAUUUUAAUUUUGUGGAAUAUCAAAUAUAUUUUAACGAGCAAUGAUUAUAAUAGUUCUAUUAAUGAUUCUGAUGUCAUAUUAAAUUUAAUUGACUCUGUAAAUCACAUUAUGUAUCAUAGUCAAUUUCAAAAGAAAUUUAAUUUAUGGGAUAAUAUAAUCAAGACAGACAAAUUAUUAAACACACCAUUGAAUAUAAAUAAUAAUGAAAUUAAUCUUAUACCUCAAAUAUUUAACUCCAUAAUAAUUUCAAUAAACUUCAGAUAUGCAAAAUUAUUGAAAUUAUAUGACGGCCAUAUAAAGACGAUGAUAAAUGAAUGCGAAAAUUAUUAUAAUAAAAAAUCAUUUCACAAAUUUGUUGAAUGCACUAAAUUAAUUCAAGAAGUUAUGGUAAAAUCAGAAUCCAUGUUUCAAACUUUAAAUGAUAUUUUGUUAUUUAUCAUAAAUUUGAACCUAAAAUCUAUAUUUCCUUUAUACGUAACUCCAAAUACAGUAAUUUACGAGAUUAAAUAUUUUAUUACACUCAUUCUAUCAAAAGAAAAACGAUGUGAGAUUAGUUACAUUAAAUCAAAUGGAGAGUUUGAUACAGAUGAAGCUUGCGGGGAUCUUUUAAAUGUCAAACAUUUCCAUACCGAAGUAAAUCAUAUGCUUCAAAAUUUUCCAUUUUCAGAUAAAUCCAGCAAUAUUACUAGUCAUUUUGUUCGUAAAUGUUUGCUAGAAAAGUACAACGAAAAAUACUUUUUACCGCAAGAAAAUGAUAAAAGUUUUGUUCAAUUUAUUUAUGAUAAUCUCAUUAUAUUUUUUGAGGAAACUAUUGAAAAUGAGAAUAAUAAUCUCGGAUAUCAAGAAUUAUUACAUCCAACUGUACCUGGACUUGUGCCACCAUCGGAUGUUAUUUCUACCGAGCAAAAGAUCGCUGCACUAAACAAAAUAUUUGAAAAGCAAAAUUUUGAGCCAUUUCAGAAUAUUAAAAUUUUUGUAAAAGACCGUACAAAAGUAGACGCUUAUGAAUUGUUUCGAACUAAAGUGAACUCCUCUAAUUUAAGUCAAAUAGAAAAAUAUUUUGAACAAUUACUGAGGUGUAGGUAUAGUGAAAUAAUCAAAAACUACGAAGCUAUCUUGUUAACCCUUAUCAGUUCAUGUAGAAAUGAAGAAUCAAAGGGUACUAUUAAAAAGCACGUAGAAAGCAUAAAUAAAAUGCGUGAUUCAAUAUCGCUGUCCAUUAAUAUGCUAAAAUCCUUAUUAUCUGCUAUGGCUACACUAAAAAAAUUAUGUAUUUGGGAGUAUAGCAAAAGAAGCCAUAAUCGUUUGACGAAAUUAGCCAGUAUUAUAACGAGAUUUGUUUAUGAUAUAAAAGCUCUGAAUAAUGGUUCAUAUGAAUUUACAAAAAAUAUGAAUGAAAUAGAAGCAAAGACUUAUCUUUAUCAAUUAGAAGAGUCCUACAAGGAGUUGCAGAUAGAUAUAAACAAAGAGAUGAGUAAACGUUUAAAAGAUCGUUGUGAGUUUUCAGAAAAUAUUAUGAAUAUGAAUAAAUUGAAAAAUUAUUUUUAUAAAAAUAAGUAUGAUGGUACAAUUAUUGAUCGUAUUUGCAAAUAUAUGAAUACAUUUUGUACUAAAAUUAUCGAAAUUGAUUACAAAAAUUUAGGCUUUGAAGAAUUAAUAUAAUUUUUCUGUAUAAACUUCUUUUAUAAUAUAUUUAAUGUAAUUUCUUUUUCAACUUAUAAUAUAUUUUACCGUAU